GUAAAUUAGAGGAAUUUUCGCAAUGUACGUUACGCUUCAUGGUCACUUUUUACUUAUUGGGUUAUAAUUCAUGUUAGCAAUUAGCCGAAUAUCUGUAUCACAUAUUCCUCUUCUACAAAUACUGGCUAGUGUUUCAGCACAUAGGGGUAGAAAUGACUUUUCGAGAUGCACAAAGCGGUCACGAAAAGAUGAUGAGUUCAAUGCCUAUCGAGAUGCAGCUGAAUUUGUUGAAACCUCAUUAUUUGGGGAAGAUGUUAAGGAAUCAGUGAGUGCACUGAGACAUGCAAAAUUUAUUGAAAGGCAAAAGCACAAGUUUGCAGUGCUUCGGAAGAAGUAUUCUAAUGAUCCUUUAGAAUUAUCCGUCCUUACAUGGAAGGCCAAAAAGCAAAUCAUAUUCUUGUUAAGUGGGGAAGAAUGCAUGGACUUUGAACAGAUAGCUAACUCAUUUCCAAUAACUGCUCUAGGUGCUCAAAAGCUGUUCGGAAAUAAACCGUCUAUUUUACAAAGAUCAGAGGAUAUGGGUUGGCUUUUAAAUCAUGAUUCUCAUGUUAUCAAGCGAUGGAAUGAUUUGCUUUUGUUCUUAAACAAGAUUUCUCGUGGAGGGAGUGAUGUUUCAGAGUCCUUUUUUGGUAUGAUUCCUAGUGGUCUAGCGUGGUUAUGUACGAGCGCAAAAAUGAAUCUUCUGAUGUAUGCAGAUGGAAAUCCCGAACUCCAUAGUCCCAAAGAAUCUGAUCAAGUCGUAAAUAAAGAUCAUCCUUAUGGUCGUUUUGAGAUGUAUGCUGCCAUGUUUGAUAGAUCAACUGGUGAUAAAAUUUGUAAUAGGUAUGCGCAACAUGCUCUCAAACUUCGUAAAUUUGUCGAAACUUUUCAAAAACUUAAGGAUGUUUUGCCUGAAAACUCCUUUUCAGACGAAGAUUGUUCCCCACAACUCUAUGCAUAUUUGUUAGAUUGUGCACAUUCUGUUAACUCAAAACUUACUAAUCAAAGAUCAGUUUUUCUUCCAAAUAAUGUAAAACUUCGUGACUAUUUCACUGGUCAAAAUAUAAAAUAGUUUUCCCCCAA